AUGUUGCGUCAUGUAAUGGUAAUUGUUACAGUAGAAUCAGUUCCGUCAACGAUAUCGCCACAAGCAGCAACAGCAACCCAAACAAGAAGUCAGCUGAUUUCAUCGACGACAGCAAAAUCAGGCAAAUUGAAUGUUACCACAAUGGAAGUGGAUAACGAUAGUAACGCAGACUUGAAUGUUAAUCGUAACAAGUCAUCAUUGAUUAAUGGUAAUAAGAUAGCGACAAGUCGUCGGCUGAGAACGAACUCAAAACUGGAAGAUGCCUGUAAGCAGCGAGUUGCAAUCCUCGAUUUCGGUGCACAGUUUGGAAAGGUAAUCGAUCGUCGAAUACGUGAAAAGAAUGUGAUGAGUGAAAUGUUACCGUUGGAUACGAAAGCAAGUGAUUUGAUAUCGAAAGGAUAUUAU